AUUUUCAAAAUAAACAUCAAAUCAAACUAUGAAGAUCAAAAUACUGUAUAACAUAAUAUAUUUCUGGAAUAAAGAUCUGGGUGGGGCGAGGGUAAUAAAUUGGACAAAGCAGACAAAUCCAGGGUAGGCGGGGAAGGAUGCUUUGUUUCUCUUUAUUAAAAUCCUCAAAUUGGAAUGAUCGGUCAAGUGUCGGGAAAGUUGGAAUAUUGAUCGAGAAUCAAAUCCGCAGAGGUCGAGUGAAGGUUAUUGGGCUGAGCUUCUAAUGCACACAAAUUCAUUAUUGAACCGACUGAAUUGCCGCGACUUACAAUCUCUCGAAUGACUUGUCGAGUCGGGAAGUUGGACCGAGAUUCAAACUUUUGGAACAUAUUAAAAUCAUCAAAACGACCAGGUUCCUUCCUGUCCAUUUCAAAUGUCCAACAAGAUCAGAUCUUCAUGAUUCACUCCCAUAUCUCCUCUCAUCAUCCUCUGUAUUUGUCCCAACUUUUCUGAUCCGUCUUCCCACCGGCAUAUCUUUGCUCUUCAUAUUCUCCACUACUAGCCUCUAUAUAUAUGGGCCGCAAUUCUCUCCAAUAGUCCAAUCCCACAAUUGAUCUUCAAUUUCUUCUCCUGCUUGAUCCUUCUAUUCCAAUUUUUUCGAUAAAAAAAUGACCCCUGCAGAUUGUCAAAAGUUCCACGUUCUGGCCGUCGACGACAGCAUAGUCGAUCGGAAACUGAUAGAGAGGGUCCUAAAGGCCUGCUCCGGCGACGAAGACGUGAAAGUGACGGUGGUGGAUUCCGGGGCGAAGGCUCUCCGGGUGUUGAACGAAGUCGGGGCGGAUCUGAUCAUCUCCGAUUACAGCAUGCCCGGAAUGACCGGCUACGAUCUGCUGAGGGAGAUCAAGGGCUGCCCGGCUUUCAAGCACAUCCCCGUCGUGAUUGUGUCGUCGGAGGAUGUUCCUUCCCGGAUUAACAACUGCCUGUCGGAGGGCGCGGAGGAGUUCUGCCUGAAACCGGUCCGGCUGUCGGACGUGAAACCGCAUCUGCAGAACGCCUGCAAAGGAAGGGCGUCUAAGGGAUUGACUUCUUCACUUUGUGGGAUUGUUUGAUUCGUCCAUUUUUGAGGAUUUUGAAGAAGUAGUGUGUUAAUACUGAUUGAUUGAGAACCGUUUUGCAAGUGCCGCUAAGACAGACAUAUUCUGCUCCAUCCUCUAAAUUAGUUGUAUGAUACGAAUAAGGUUGAUUUUAUGUAUUUAGAAUCUGUUCUCAAAACUUCUACGGAGUAAUGAAUUGCAAAAGGCUGACUUAGAAUAUUGAAAGUUGAAAGUUCUUCACUUGAAGUUUGAAGCUUGAGGAAAAGUUAAUUCAUCUGGUUAGUAAUCGAGUAGGGAAGGAGUAAAAGCUAAUGAAAUUCCUUUUCAUCAUUGUAAUUUAAAGAAAAAAUCAGUUCAAAUAAAGGGUUGAUAGUCAAUCUCUUGUGAAUUUAAAUAAGUUCUAUCAAUUCUAUGUGAAUCGAGCUUGGCUUGAAAAUUGACUUGACUCGUGUAUUAAACAAAACGAUUCAGGCUUCAAAAGCCAUUGACAAGCCGAGUUGACUCAACUGGAUAUGGCUCC